AUGCAUUCCCUGAUCAUAUUUCUGUCUCUUCAAAUGAUCUCUGCGUACUACCUACCCACCUACAACUCGAGGACUGUUUUCCCGCCUCAUCAAUACGAGGUCCAGAACCAAACGGCUCCUAACGACACCAUGAUAGACGAUUGUCUUCCGUCUCACACCCUUGAAGCGAAUGAUGGAUCCGACAAGUCCGGCACAAUGAACCUCACGGGUGUUGCAAUCUUGCCCUGCGCCGAUGACAAAAACGUCAAUGUAUCUUACGCGGGGUUAAAAUCCGUUGGCGGUUUCGUUCCAGGUCUUUUCAAUAAGACUUCCGAGCAAGAAAUGAAAAAGAGCCCAGGGGCCAAUAUCUCCGACACGAGCGAGCAUGAUUCGAUCAACAAGUCAGAGAAGGCUGACCCAAAGGAAGGGUCUCUCGAAACCAACUCAACCAUGAAUCCUUCCUCCAUCGGCAACACCACAGACUCAGUCGAAAAAAUGGAGCGAAGUGGAGAUGCAGACAAGGACAAAUGGUACAUGUGCACAUCCAACGGAACCAGUCACAAAACAACUUCCAAAACCGAAGCAAGCCCAUCACAUCAGGAACGAAACAUCAAGAAACGAUAUCCGAAUAUGACCCCUGGAACUCCCACCCAGAAUACGGCAGCAUCAUCCGCAUCAACAACAGCCAGGACACCAGCAUCCUUGAUCAGUGGUAAGAGUCAAGUAGACCCUACCGAAAUACUAUCCCGAAAAUUCACUCCUGUCCGUCCGGCCGUCUCCCUUCACAGCAAAUCGUCAAGGUCCCGGAAAUCAGUCAAUUAUGCCGAUGGUGAUCAAUCCGUAGAAACUGAUAAUAAGAAAAAGAAGAAGAAGAAAAAUGAGGAUGAGGAGGAAUUCGAGGAGGACGACAACGGGAAGAUGGUCAAGAAAAUCAAACGAGAUCGGUUUGGAAGACCUAUUAAAGAAAUGGUCGUCACUCCAGUCAGGAAAUUCGGAAAGGUCUCUGUUACACCAUUAAACGACUCACCGAAAACAUUCAGUUUGCCCACGAUGAGGGAUCCAAAGACAGGGACGCUACUCGAGGUAAGAUUAUCAGGAAUGCCACUGGGCGCGCGCCCGCAGCCGAUCUUUGCGCCGAGACCACUGCACGAUCCGUUAGCGGACACGGCGAUCGUGUUAUGGGACCCGACGGUCGAUGACCGACCGGCGCCGAAGCCGGUGGGCGAGGGGGAUCCAGAACGGACCGCGGCGGAGAUCGAGGCGGAACAGACCCGGUUGAAGCUCGAGCUCGAACGCCAGAAGGGCCCCCAUAAGAGCUUGCCCGACCUCCUCGGAAUCAAGAAACCCGGCGACCCUAAGGAUAUCAAGAAAGUACCAGUCGUCCUUGACCCCCGUCUGUCUAAAACUCUCAGACCUCAUCAAGUCGAGGGCGUCAAGUUCCUUUACCGAUGUGCUACCGGUAUGGUCGAGCAGGGCGCAAAGGGCUGUAUCAUGGCCGACGAAAUGGGUUUAGGCAAAACCUUACAAUGCAUAACUCUUCUCUGGACGUUACUAAAACAAUCGCCGAUUGCUGGCAAGCCGUCGAUAGAGAAAGCGAUAGUUGCGUGUCCAUCCUCGCUGGUGAAGAACUGGGCCAAUGAGUUUGACAAGUGGCUAGGCCCGGGGGCGAUCAACCCGCUUGCGGUCGAUGGCAAGCAGACCAAGGCCAAUCUUCUCACGAGUGUUCGUCAGUGGGUCUCGGCUACUGGUCGCAGAGUCCCUCAGCCAGUGAUGAUUGUCUCCUACGAAACCUUGAGGGGCACUCUCGUCGAAGAAUUGGGUCGGACACCGGUUGGUCUGCUACUAUGUGACGAGGGACAUCGUCUCAAAAAUGCUGACAACCAAACCUAUGCCGCCCUCAACGGGAUCAAUUGUGAACGAAGGGUGAUCCUAACCGGCACCCCGAUCCAAAACGACUUGUCGGAAUACUUCGCCCUCCUGAAUUUCGCUAAUCCGAACUACUUGGGCGACCGCGCCCAGUUUCGGAAAUCGUAUGAACUGCCUAUCCUGAGAGGACGCGACUCGGAUUCGAGUGAAUCCGAAGUGGCCUUGGCUGAAGCCAAAUUGAAGGAGCUUACUACCAAAGUCCAGAAAUUCAUCAUCAGAAGGACCAAUGAUUUACUAUCCAAAUAUCUGCCGGUCAAGUACGAGCAUGUGGUGUUUUGUGCUCCAUCAGCGUUCCAACUAGAUCUAUAUCGGCACUUUAUCGAUUCGCCCGAUCUGCAAAAGCUGUUGAGAGGAGUGGGAUGUCAACCUUUGAAGAUGUUGGGCAUUCUUCGCAAACUGUGCAACCAUCCUGAUUUGCUCGACUUGCAACAAGAUAUCCCGGGCUCUGAGAAGUAUUUCCCGGAUGGCUAUCGGUCCAAGGAUCCGCGAGCGCCGGCUAGACCUGAGUUGUCUGGUAAAAUGACCGUGCUUGAACGGUUUUUACACAAGAUCAAGACCGAAACGACAGAUAAGAUAGUGUUGAUCAGCAACUUUACCCAAACCCUGGAUGUGAUGGAAAAGAUGUGUAGAGAGAGGAGAUGGGGGAAUCUAAGACUAGACGGGACGAUGCAGAUCACCAAGCGACAGAAGCUUGUGGAUCGGUUCAACGAUCCCGAGGGCAAGGAGUUCAUCUUCCUCUUGAGCAGUAAGGCCGGCGGAUGUGGGAUCAAUCUCAUCGGCGCUAAUCGGCUCAUCUUGUUCGAUCCCGAUUGGAAUCCCGCUUCCGAUCAACAAGCUCUGGCCCGGGUUUGGAGAGACGGCCAAAAGAAAAACUGUUUCGUCUAUCGCUUCAUCUUGACUGGAAGUGUUGAAGAAAAAGUGUUCCAACGACAGUCUCAAAAGAUGAAACUUUCGGCAUCCGUGGUCGAUGAACAAGAAGAUGAAGCGCGGAUGUUUUCCCGCGAAUCCUUGAAAGAACUGUUCAGGCUUAACGAGAACACGCAAUCCGACACACAUGAUGUUUACAAAUGUAAACGGUGUCGAGAUGGCAAACAGAUCGUCAAGGCCCCGGCAAUGUUAUAUGGAGACCAAUCGACAUGGAAUCAUUAUACAAACCCACACAUGGUCGACCUACAUGACGAUUUAUUACGCUCUGAGGUCGGGCUGAACGAAGUGACCGCGUGUUUCCAAUACAUUUCAACUUGAUCAGAAUCUAGCCUGUCCUAUCGCAUCCUUCUCUGUCCGCCUCCAAUCCGAUUGUGUAUAUUUGUAUUGCCUCUCAUCUCAAGUCGACCGUUCAAAAUCACCCCACUUCCAAAGAUCUCUAUUCAUUUAUUGCUAACCCCUCUGACCAUUAAUAUUGACAUUUGUAAACUCCAUGUCCCCCCUUCGGUUCGCUCUCCGUCAGCAUGUGCAUGUGUAUCACUUGUACUUGUAUCUUUGUACACAUAUGUAUACCUAUUUGUCUUCAUUUUCGUAACUUUACACACGGGACUUGACUCAUAUAUUUGCCUAAUAUAGUGACUUAAUCUAUGUAUUCAUUAAUAUUUUGGAGGGUAUUAUUGGUGUAUUUCAAUGGAUGCUUAAUUUACAAUUGAUCAAAAUUGUUGUGAUCUGUGAGUCGGAAUAAGCUUAUCCCAAUUCAAG